CGCGAGGAAUGUGCAGAUCAAGAGGAAGUCUUCGUUGCAAAAAAGAACAGUUCAACAGUUCCAUGGCUUCAAGAAGCUGUGAAAAAGAAGUGCCAACAAGCCACAAUCAUUAAGCAACGGAACAAAACUGAUACUUUUCAAACGAGGGUGGACUUGGAUUGCGCCAGCAGGGACGUGACUCAAGCUUCCCACCAAUGUGUGAGCGCGCUUAGCGGCGCUGGGAUGUCUCAAAGUUGAGAUCGUGUUUUUGUUCAUGGGGCAGUUUGUUGGCUUGAACCAGCAAGAGCUGGAUGAGGAACGUGCCAAACAGCUAGCCACCUUUGAACAUUCGGAGUCUGUCCGGAAGAACUUCGAGAAGAAGACUCAGAUCCCCCACAUCCACCUGCGGCUUUGUUCAAUCGGCUACUUGGAGCUUUGCGGGCCAGAUCCUGGAGGGAACCUGGAAAGAUUCGUGAAGUCAAGAUGGCUUGCCGAAGAUGCAGAAUUUGUUUCGCGAAAUGUCGUAGCAAGUGGCUCUUGCUGUUGGAGGAACAACCAGGAGACAAACUUGCCACGUGAGCCCAUGGACUACGUGUGUGACAAGCAUUUUGUCUUUGAGUUUCCCAAGACAGGAAUUCAAGGCAGUGGUGCCUGUGGUGCCUUCAUGGCCAAGUUCACUCUGGAGUUGAUCGACUUGAUGAAUGACUGCUCGUGUGAGCUGAUCUCCUGCAGUAUGGAGAACCUGGACACCUUCAGGGAGGCACAGAUCACGUUUCGAUCACCUCACCAGCAGGGCAUGUUGGGUCCUUGCAUGAUGGUGGCCAUGAAACAAUUGGGGUCUAUUGAGCUGCUGGGGUCCAACACUGAAGGAAUCCUGGAUGAGUUGACUCGAUACCUGCAGGAUUUGGGUUGCGAAGCUGUGGGCAACGUGGCUAAUUCUGAGCACGAGCGAGAGCUUCGAGCAUCCUUCGCACGGCCAUGUAUCUCCAAUUCCAACUCUGGAGACAAUAACAUGGGGCGAAGAGCAGCUGGGAUCGUCAACUUUAUGGCAAGAUGUGGAUGGUCCUUAGCAGCGCAUAGCGAGUUGGACAUGACUGGGGGCUUUGGACAAGGGCGAGAACGCAAUCUGAUCUUUCGCAAAGAUUCCCUCGGCUUCCAGGAGCAUUUCAUCGUGGAGCUCCAAAAUUCUGGUCGAAUCUACUUAAACGGUGAUGCAGCUGGUGUGGAGUUGGCGGGUAUGUUCUUUGGCUGCCAUGGCUUUCAGUCCUGCUAUCCAGAAAAGCUGUGUGAUGCCCAGUACGUCGCCCCAGCAGGCUACUUCAUUGAUGACAUGGGCACCAACCUCAGCAAAUCCUCCGUGGAGCUUGUUGACUGGUUGAGUGGAAAAGGUUGGACUUUACGCUGCGGUGGUAGCAUGCACCAUCAUCAGAGAGAUGGCUCCAUCAGGCAGGAACAUCAUUUGGUGUUUGCUCGGGUGCAGCAAAAACACACGACACCUUGGUCAGCUCUGGCUGUGGAAUUCCGAGUGAUUCCUCAGUCCUUGACUAGCUAUUCUUGCGUUGUGGAAGUUUCUGGCGAGCAGACCUGUCAAAUCUAUGACAAGUUGCUUCUUUUCUUCACGCAAGACAUGCUCUGUGAAGAGGUGGGCCAGGUGGCGCAAGCUCCCCAAGCGCAAGCUCAUUGUGAUCACCUAUUGUCCUGCAACGCCCUGCAGGUCCGCGGCCUGGGCUUGCAAGCAGAGUCCAACUUUGGCAGGUUCAGCACGAUGCUUUGUGACUUCAUGGCAGACCACCUACAUGAAUGGACGCUGGUGAGCAAUGUCGGUCAGAGUUAUUCCACAACUUGGAAGGACGCCACGGACACUCCGGGCAUCAGACUCUUGGCACGGCAGCAGCUUUUCAUUUUCCUUUCAAGCUCACCAGCACCACUUCAGCAGAACAUGAGUGGUGCACGCCGGUGAUUGGCCCAAGAUAUCCUCUAUGACGUGAGUUCAAUGAGCCGGAGUGAUGAGGGCAGCCUUGCAUGAUAUUCGGCUGGCUUGUGACUCAGAUAGUCCCUACCUUCUUGAAGUCGGGGACCUCUAGGAAA